AUGCCUCUUGUGGCAAGGCAUCAAGCACAAUUGGCGGCACCUCUAAGAAUCCGAAAAGACUGCCAAAUCUCGACUCCGUACAUCCUGGAUGCCCUUGUUGAUGAGGGCCGUCGCCUCCGUGACGACUUCCUCAAACAUUAUUCUGUCCUCCGGAGUUCAUCCACCAAUACGGCAGACCGCGACCUCGCUUCACCUUACCUUUCUACGUCUCGUAGGGCAGCACAAGCUUCGCACAACGGUUUUCAAAUUCUGCAAGACAACUUAAAUGCUGGCAAAGUUCAUGUCCAGAGAGUACAUGGAGAGUGGCAAGUCGCUGUUGCUCUCCAGAAGAAGGCUUCAGAAGGGAAGGGGUCUCCGGAUCCCAGGACACGAGCGAUCCAAAAGACAGCUCAACACUUUGCGCGGCGACCAGAGGUUUUAUCUUGUUCCGACGAGGAACUCAAAAUCAUCAUGGCAUCCUAUGCGUACAAUCUAAGUGGUGCAUUCGGCUUCCCCGUCGCCUUCGCAGAUCUCUGCGCCAUCAAGGCACGAGUUCAAAGUGGUGUGCUUUUUGCAGAUAGAUUUGCAGAGGUGAUGUGUAUACCUAACAAUGUCUUACGAGCCCUUUCACAAGCACAGGAUGACGCGGAUGAUUGAAAUUUUGCAUCUUUGUCCGUCAUAGUACAUACUUCACAUCUUACACAUGCUCCACCAUAUAGCACAUCCUUAUACAUACUUCACCCUAUAGCACAUCCAUAUCUUAAUUCUACGAUCUCGAUUUUGUUAGCCACUAUCUCUCUGUACUACUACGUAACGACAAUCAACAGACC